CGGAGCUGUUCGCUCGGCGGUAGCAGUCGCAGCAGCCGCAGCGUCCGUGGCUGUAGCCGCCUGAGCAGCACCCGCAGGAGAAGCAUCCCUGAGCCGCGGCGGCCUCGGUUCCAGCUCCGGCCCCCGCCGCACGAUGCCGACCGUGGAGGAGCUUUACCGCAACUACGGGAUCCUGGCCGAUGCCACCGAGACCGCGGGGCAGCAUAAAGAUGCUUAUCAGGUGAUAUUGGAUGGCGUAAAGGGAGGUGCCAAGGAGAAGAGACUAGCAGCACAGUUUAUUCCAAAGUUCUUCAAACAUUUCCCUGAGCUGGCUGAUUCAGCUAUCAAUGCUCAACUGGACCUCUGUGAGGAUGAAGAUGUUUCUAUCCGACGCCAGGCAAUCAAGGAGCUGCCUCAGUUUGCCACAGGAGAUAAUCUUCCCCGGGUGGCUGACAUACUGACCCAGCUUCUGCAGUCAGAUGAUUCUGCAGAAUUCAACUUGGUGAACAAUGCUCUGCUAAGUAUAUUUAAGAUGGAUGCUAAAGGGACACUGGGAGGCUUGUUCAGUCAGAUUCUUCAGGGAGAGGAUAUUGUGAGAGAACGAGCCAUCAAGUUCCUCUCUACAAAACUCAAGACCCUGCCUGAGGAGGUGCUAACAAAGGAAGUAGAGGAGCUCAUAUUAACUGAAUCAAAGAAGGUCCUUGAAGAUGUGACAGGUGAGGAAUUUGUCCUUUUCAUGAAGAUAUUAUCUGGCUUAAAAAGCUUACAGACAGUGAGCGGGAGGCAGCAACUGGUGGAACUCGUGGCUGAACAAGCUGACCUGGAGCAAACCUUCAAUCCAUCCGAUCCAGAUUGUGUGGACAGACUCUUGCAGUGCACUCGACAGGCAGUGCCACUCUUCUCAAAAAAUGUUCAUUCUACAAGGUUUGUGACUUACUUCUGUGAGCAUGUGUUACCAAACCUCAGUUCCCUGACUAGUCCAGUGGAGGGCCUUGAUAUCCAGUUAGAGGUAUUGAAAUUACUUGCUGAAAUGAGUUCGUUUUGUGGUGACAUGGAAAAGUUAGAAUCAAACUUGAAGAAGCUUUUUGAUAAAUUACUGGAGUACAUGCCACUCCCUCCAGAGGAAGCAGAGAAUGGGGAAAAUGCUGGCAAUGAAGAGCCCAAGUUGCAGUUCAGCUAUGUGGAGUGUUUGUUGUAUAGCUUUCAUCAGCUGGGGCGAAAGCUUCCAGACUUCCUCACGUCCAAACUCAAUGCAGAGAAAUUGAAAGACUUCAAAAUCAGGCUACAGUAUUUUGCCCGAGGGUUGCAGGUUUAUAUACGGCAGCUUCGUCUGGCACUUCAAGGAAAAACAGGUGAAGCCUUAAAAACAGAAGAGAACAAAAUUAAAGUGGUUGCCUUGAAAAUAACUAAUAACAUCAAUGUUUUAAUCAAGGACCUUUUUCACAUUCCCCCUUCUUACAAAAGCACAGUUACGCUGUCCUGGAAACCUGUACAGAAGGCUGACGCAGGUCAAAAAAGAACUAGUGAAGAUACAACCUCAAGUUCACCACCGAAGAAGGCUCCAGCAGGACCAAAAAGGGAUGCCAGGCAAAUAUACAACCCACCCAGUGGGAAAUACAGUAGCAAUCUGGGCAGCUUUUCUUAUGAGCAGAGAGGUGGUUUCCGGGGUGGCCGAGGGAGAGGCUGGGGAGGACGAGGUAAUCGCAGUCGAGGAAGAAUCUACUGAACAGACCAUUGCAUUCUCCAGAGCCAUUAUGGGGUAAAACACCGGUAAAAGUGAAAGUAGUGCUCAUCAAAGGAUUGCCUGGAGUACUGUAUCCCUUCAAGGACUGCCUUCUGCUAAAGACUGACUUAAAUGUUCUUUAUACCUUUGUAUGUAUGAUCUACUUUUCUAACGGACUACAAACUUGUCCAUAGUGAAACUACAACUGUAUUUUUGGAUGAUUAGUCAGCAAUUUUGAGUUAUUUUAGAAGUGUCUUCAGGGUUUAUUCAGAAUUGGAAAACAGCAUAGAUGUUUUAUCUGAAACUACAUCUUGACAGUUUGUAUAUUAACCUAAAAAUCAGCUAUUACUCAACUAAAACUAUAUUGUAGUUGAGUUUAUAUAUAAAAUAAUGGACAGGAAAGGGAUGACUACAAAGGUACACGUCCAUUAAGAUUGACAGCUGCAGUAAUCCUUUCCUCAUCUGUAACAGUAUCUUGCAAUAUGUGGAGAAGAGUACCAUUAUUAAAUUACCAUUUAUUUACUCUUUAUAACAGAAUCGUUGACUAUUCAGACAAAUGCUGGAUUAUUAAAGUCUGUAACGUGGAAACACACAUUUUUGCUUGUAGCAUGAAGCAAUCAUUUAACUUAAAGUUGUGGAGAAUGUGAUGUUUUUGUUUUUGUACAAAUUACUCUUCUCCCUAAAUUGUAAUGCAAAAGUGGUGUUUUGCAAAUGGGUUUUUAAUGUUCAGUAUGAAUAUGUAUGCAUAUGUCAUGAAAUUCAGUAAAACAGGUUUAAAAAAAAAAACAACUAGAAGUACUUUAGGGGUGGGAAAAGUCAGAUGCAGUGAUUAAGCUUCAUAGAUAGGAGUUGGACAGCAGCAGUGGCCUGGCUCUUUCCUGUGCGUUUGAAGAUUUCUGAGGUGGUUGGCACUUGAAAUUUUUUUUUAAAUAAUACCAACUGCAUUUUAAAAAUACACAAAUAAAAUGGGUACCGCUGAAAAAAAUCCAGCUAUGUUUGAUUCAGGUGGAGAAUUAAAGUCUCCGUACUAGUUUGUUCUUCAUGGUAACCUAAGAUUUUGAUUUAACAGUGGACACCCAGUACAUACAACUUUAUUUAAGAGCAGAUAUGGCACAGAAGUUUGGUCGUCGUCCUCUCCACCCCCCAACUUAUUUUCACCACUUUUUUUUACUUUCUCCUCAGGUCAUUUUUAAAAGAUUGAACAUAGUAAAAGGUGUGGUUAUAGUGAAAAAGAGAAGUUGUGGUGAAGGAAGAAAUAUUAACAAAUUCUGUUGACAUAAAAUAGCUUAGGCUUUAGAGUGUUGAAGAUUUCCCUAACUUUUAUUUUCAACAUUUUGAUGACUGUACCCCAAACCAAAUGCCUAAAAGUAAUGUUUUCCUACUAGUUUCAUGUGUAUUUGUGAGGAAUAGCUUGUGAAUCUGACACAGGUGUCUUCAUUAACAUUCUCUGAUAUUUAUCACUGCAAUCUGAGGAACGCAGCAUUUGCAUUUCUGGAAAUGGUGCAAGAUCCUGUAGAAAACUGGCCCUUUAAAAAAAAAAAAAAAAA